GCGAGCGGCUCGGCGGCGGCGACCCCCGGCAACCCGCGGCGGCGGCCCAAGGGACUCGCUGCCUCGCCUCGCUCGCAGCAGCCAGCCACAUCCAGUUGACCUCUACACGCCGCGGAGGCUGGUGUAUUGUUGUCCCUAGUGCCAAGUUCUUCACACUGGAUUUUGUUGCCCCAUCAUGGUUUUCUCAUAAUUACUAAUUAUGAAACAUGUUCACAAGCUCUUGAUAUUUGCCAACAGUAACUGUUUGACUGUGAAAGACGGGUGCGAAAAGUUGAGUGCGAGUGCUAUAUAAAACUCAGGUGAGGCGAGUCAGGCCAGGUGGACGCAGGGCAGGCUGGGAAGGGCCCACCCUUGUGCCUGGACGCUGCCUCUGUGCUGCUCUGUUCUCUGGGCCAGCCGUGCUGUGCGUUCCGCCCAAACCAGGCAGCGAGGCUUGAAAUAGUGUGGAGGCGUGGAGCCGCCGCCAUGAGGGGCCUCACCUCCGCCUGCUGCAGCUUGGCCCUGCUGGGGCUGCUGGCUGCCAUGCCCGCCGCCUCUGCUCAAGGUCAAAUCCAGGCGCCCAGGUUCAUUGGACCCCAAGAAACCACAGAGAGCGUGGUGAGCGAAGACCACACCAAGAUACUGCAAUGCCAGGCCAUAGGUUACCCUCAGCCUGAGUAUCGUUGGCUACGGGAUGGAGAACCUCUGGGAGACUUCACUAGUGAGCACUUUUAUAAGAUAUCUGCCGUGACACGUGAGGAUGCGGGAGACUACCGUUGUGUGGCACACAACUUGGCUGGGGCGAUAUUCUCUCCUAAAACAUCCUUUGCUGUUGCAUAUAUGAGUGAAUAUAACACCACAGAGGACUCAACGUUGUCAGUGCAGGCAGGGCAGGCAGCAGUGCUUUCUUUGCCACCCCUCGACUCGUACCCGCCACCAUCUGUCACUUGGAUGGCUGAUGAUAGUUCAUUACUUUAUGGUAUCAAGUAUGCUACCACAGAACCUGACAACCGCUUCAUCAUCCUAUCCACUGAAGUAUCUGAUAUGAAGAAAUAUAGUGCUCGCAUUACCAACACUCAGCUGGGCAUUGACAAAGUGAGUGGGGGAAUUACCUUGGUAGUGGAGGGAGAAGAUGCUGGGGAGGAAGUGCCCCCAACCAUCAUUGUGCCCCCUAUUAACACCACCGUCAUCAAGGAUUCCAGUAUUGCCCAGCUCCAGUGUAUUGCUAAUGCAAGGCCACUGUACCAGCUUGAAACUUUGUGGUUCAAGGAUGAUGUGCCCAUCGAACAUUCUGGUGUUACAUUCUCCUUCAAUGGCCUCUGGAAUCGCACCUUGAGUUUGCUCCACACAGACCUCCACUAUGCAGGGAUCUACAGGUGCCAAGUUCGUCUACGAACAAGCAUUGAUGAGCCACUGCAGGCUGAAGCACAUGUUAUUAUUCAUGAACGUCCAAGACUAACAAAACAGCUGCCUGUGGAAACCUAUGCAGAUCUGGGCAGAACUCUGACAAUUACUUGCUCAGUGGUGGGAACCCCACCCCCAUACAUCACUUGGUUUCGAGAUGCAGCAAAUGUUAAUACCCUGCAUGAUAAUAGGUACAGAUCUCUGCUGAAUGGAUCCUUAGCAAUUUCAGGAGUUCAGGCUAAUGAUACAGGAAUGUACCAGUGCUUGGCCUCCAGUGAUGCAGGAGAAACAUCAGGCUAUACUUGGCUCAAGGUUAAAACGAGAUGGAAGGCCCCAGCAAAACGGUUACUCAGGUCCCUGAGAGAUGGGACCAUUGAUCAGUAUCCUUCAGCUCCCCAAGUGAGGGUGGCACCUGAGAACAUGACUGUGUUGGAUGGGCAAGAUGCCACCAUACGGUGCCAGGCAGAUGGUGCACCACAACCUAACAUAACUUGGUUUUUCAAUGACAGUUUAGAAUUGGUGGGAAAUGGUCAUUACGUGAUUCAUGACUCUGGAGACAUUUUGAUAACCAGUGUCAGCACUCGAGAUGAAGGAAAGUAUACCUGUCUGCGUGCCAAUGAAGCUGGAAGCCUUACACAAGAUGCCUGGCUCUCCAUUCUAGUAAAAACACAAAUAUCACAACCUCCUGUGGACACCAGAGUGAUAUUGGGACGAGUGGCCACGCUGCAGUGUAAGGUGUCUCAUGCACCAUCUGUGGCUGUUCAUGUCCAAUGGUCCCAUGAGAACAACAUCAUUGAGCUAGAUGGGAAUCCUCGAAUUAGUGUGCGGAAUGAUGGGACAUUGGAAAUACAGGAAGUGAGAGCAGCAGAUGUGGGACUGUAUACUUGUGUGGUCACGUCAUCAGGAGGCAAUGAAACUCGCACAGCUCAAUUGGAGGUAAUAGAACUCCCUUAUGCUCCAUCUGGUGUGAAGGCAGAGCGUACUCCCAACAAACCAAAAUCUGUUCGAGUGACUUGGACUCCAACCUUUGAUGGGAACAGCCCCAUUGAAAAAUUCAUCAUCCAGAAGAGGGAGGUCCCAUCUGAAGGUGUCGUUGAAGACCUUGGACUAAAUUGGGUAACUGUGUUGACAAAUGUGAGUUCAAUGGCUACUGAAGCAGUGAUUGGAAACUUGAGACCAUCCACAGGCUACCAGUUCAGAGUCUCAGCCGUCAAUAAUGUGGGGGAAGGUUCCUCUUCCCAACCCUCAAAUACUGUGAUUCUACCACAGGAAGCUCCUUCAGGGCCACCACAAGGGCUGGUAGGGUCUCCAAGAUCCUCCACUGAAAUCAUGAUUCAGUGGGAGUCCCCCUUGGAAGAGGAAAGAAAUGGCCUGGUGCUGGGUUACAUGGUACGCUACCGGCUUCAUGGAUACAAGGACUCACAGUGGUACUAUCGCAAUAUUACCAAAGAGAGAAUAAAGACAGUUCAGCGCUUCGUUUCUGGCUACAAGUAUAAGAACCAGUACAAUUAUCUCAUCAAUGGGCUGAUAAUCUGGAAGAAGUAUGAGAUUCAAGUUGCUGCAUAUAAUGUCAAAGGUGUGGGAGUCUACUCCCAUAGCAUCCAAAUUAAGACUAAAGAGGGAGUCCCUGCAGCUCCACCAAAAGAAGUUAAAGCAGAGGCUAUUAGUUCAACCUCUAUAGAAGUCUUUUGGAAGCCACCAGAUCCGUGGAUGAUUAAUGGCAUCAAUCAAGGAUACAAACUUCAAGCUUUCCAAGGUCCACCGGGUGAUGCAGUCAAGCCAGAGAAAACCUUAACUGUUGCCCCAAAACCUUACCCUGAUGCCAAUGAAUCGUCCAUACUUGGGAACCUGGAAAAAUACACGGAGUAUUAUAUUACUGUUCUCUGCUACACUCACCCAGGUGACGGUGUAAGGUCACAGCCCAUUAAGAUUCGUACACUUGAGGAUGUUCCAGAUCCAGUGCUCAAUCUGAAGUUUGAAGAUAUCAGUGACAGGUCAGUGACUGUGCAUUGGGAUGAGCCGGAGAAGAGCAAUGGCAUACUCAAAGGAUACACACUUUCCUACAUGGUGAAAGACUCCCCGCAUUCUAAAACAAUAAAAAACCUGACUGCAGAUGUCUCAACUUACACAGUCACUGAGCUCUCGGCUACAACUUACUACACAUUUGAAGUGUAUGCUUGGAGUGGUGUUGGGCCAGGUGUUCCCCGUGUGGCAACCCUACAAUCAGGUGUGGAGCCAGUAUUGCCAGAACCUCCCACUCGCCUGGCUGUCUCAAAUAUCCAGGCCUUCUCUGUUCUGCUUCAGUUCACUCCAGGCUUUGAUGGAAAUGCUUCCAUAAUUACAUGGACUGUUCAGGCCCAGUCAUCUCGCAGUAGCAGUUGGGAGACAAUCUAUGAGGUCUCUGCCCCAGAUGCAACAACAAUUACUGUUCAGAAUCUGAUCCCUUAUUCAAAUUACCAUCUUCGGAUAAUUGCAAAUAAUAUAGUUGGUUCUUCAGUUCCCUCUGAGCCCUCACCAGAUUUCCAGACCCUCCAAGCUCAACCAGCUCACCCACCAUCAAAUAUGACUGUACGGGCCAUGUCCUCCACUCUGCUCCGUGUUCGCUGGAUUCCUCUGCAGCAGUUUGAGUGGUAUGGAGCUCCACAAGGAUACCACAUAAAGUAUCGGCCAGUGGGAUGUGAAUGCAGUUUUUCAGAAGCUUUUGUGUAUGACAUCACUGCUAACUCACAUCAGCUGGUUGAUUUGCAAGAAUACACUCUAUAUGAAGUAACAAUGGUGGCUGUUAAUGAUAUUGGUGAAUCUGCCUUUGCUCCAGUUGCUGUGGAAAGGACAAGAGAGUCUGUUCCUAGUGCUGGACCAGCUAAUGUCAGUGCCAAUGCUACGUCAUCAACUACCAUUGUUGUGCGCUGGAAAGAAGUCCCCAGGCUACACCAGAAUGGGAUCAUAGAAGGCUACAAAAUUGUGUAUGUUGGCAAGAAUUUGAAACCUCAGGAAAAGGUGAUACCUAAUAACAAUACAUUUUCUGCUACAAUAACCGAACUUCGAAAAUUUUAUCAGUACACGAUACAAGUGCUGGCUUAUACAAGACUUGGAGAUGGGGCACUCUCCUCCCCUCCACUGCUGCUGCAAACACAUGAAGAUGUUCCUGGUCCUCCAUCUGCGAUAUCUUUUCCUGAUGUGUCCUUCACAUAUGCACGUAUCAUUUGGGAUGUUCCUGAAGAACCCAAUGGGGAAAUCACAGCAUAUUCCAUAGUGUAUCACCUUGCUGACAGCACAGAUGUGAACAACACACUAGAGUUUGGUCCAACUGAACGCACAUAUAAAGCUGUAGAACUGAAACCUGAGAGCUACUACAUGUUUCUAGUUAGUGCCCGUACCCGCCUAGGCUAUGGACAAUCUGUGCAAGCUCCAGUUUACACGACCAACAACAGAGAGUUACCAGCACCCCCGUCCCGGCCUUCCAUAUCACAUUCACAAAUCACUUCCACUUCCAUUACCUUUUCGUGGAAUCCUGGAAGAGAUGGAUUUGCCCCAAUAAGAUACUAUACUGUUCAGUACACUGAGGAUGACAGUGGAUGGCAAACCAUUCAAGAGAAAAUAGAUUACUCUGGUAACAGUUAUUCAGCUAAAAAUCUUAGACCUUUCACAUCAUACAAGUUCCGACUUCAGGCUACAAAUGACAUUGGAGAAAGUGGCUGGAGUGAGAAUAGUGAGGAUGUCCGAACAUUGCCUGCCGCGCCCAUUGAACCUCCUACAGAUAUAAAGGUUAUUCCCAUAACAACUAAGAGUGUUAGAGUGGAAUGGACUCCACUUUUCCCAAACUCCUGGAGUGGUGACACCAAAACAGGAGGCUACAGAAUAAAGUAUCGCCAAAUUGCAGAUAUUCCAACGGCGUUCAGCUUACAGCAAAAGGAACUUAGGGACACUUUAGCCAGAGACAUUGUACUAGAGGAUCUUCAGGUGGAUACAACCUAUGAGGUUUUGGUGGUGGCUUUUAAUGCUCAAGGGGAAUCACCCUCUUCAGCUCCCAUAACAGUGUAUGUUGGAGAGGCUGUUCCCACUGGUAAUCCAAAGAAUGUAAUAGCUGCACCACUCUCAUCAACAGAAAUUAAGAUCUCAUGGGAGCCACCUGAGGAAGAAGACAAAAAUGGUGAACUGCUUGGCUACAAGAUAUUCUACAGAAGUGACAAAGAUCCAGAGGGGUCAGAUGAAAUUGAAGUUGUUGGAGCUGCCACCACAACCUAUGAACUUCCCUACCUGGACAUGUACACGCAGUAUAUAAUCACCAUUUUGUGCUUCAAUCCUGCUGGUGAUGGACCGAAGUCUGAACCAGUAUAUGUCCGCACCCUUGAGGACCUUCCUGGUCCAGUCGCCAAUCUGAAAUUUUCAGACAUCACAAUGAACAGCCUUAAAGUAGUGUGGGAUGUGCCAACAAGACCUAAUGGAGAAGUUGAGGGUUAUCUUGUCACCUAUGAGACGGCUCAACCUGAUGAGAAUUUUAGUAAGCAAGUGAAGCAAAAGGUGACAACACCAUACUUACUUGUGACGUCUUUGGAGGAGGAAGUUACAUACAAGUUCAGCGUCAGAGCGCAAACUAUUGAUUAUGGACCAGAGGUAAAGGCUGAUGUAACUACUGGUCCUCAAGAGGGCUCCCCAGCACGUCCCAAAGACCUCAGUCUCACCAAAACUGUCUCCAGUGUCACCCUUCAUUGGCGUAACAGCCAUUCAGGAAAAGGGCCAAUUCUGGGAUACUAUAUUGAGGCAAAAAAAACUGCGGCCAGCUCUGAGUGGCAGAUGUAUUCUGACAAAUGGUCUGUACUGAUGAAGACUGAGACAGGGGUGGUAGAAGAGUACACAGUGUCCUACCAGAAUCUCCUCCCUUCAACUCAGUAUGAAUUUCGUCUUGUUGCCUACAAUGACUAUGGCAUAUCUUACCCAGCAGUUGCAGAGGAGAAGAUUGUGACUCCUUCAAAGCGCUUCUUGGAGUACGGGUACUUGCAGCAGCGCCCAUUUUAUCACCAGACAUGGUUUAUGGUCACGUUGGCUGCCAUCUCUAUAGUCCUCAUCAUUAUUGUUAUUGCAGCUUUAUGUGUAAAGAGCAAAACCUACAAAUACAAGCGUAUUGUAGAGGAUUUGUUAUCAGCACAAGAAGCUGCUAACAAGACAAUGGAAGAAUCCCUAAACACUGAUGAGACAGCCUUCUCUACAUUUGAAAUGAGACAUUCUCGCAGAGGCACAAUGACCAAGAGAAGUACCCUGGGCAGGAGAUCAGUAGUAGGAGCCACUGCUGUUGUCAAUGCCAAAUCUCCCCCAAGACCAGCACCAGCCUCUGUCACUUACUCAGAUGAUGAUACUGUUAAAGGUUAUGAUGAAAACCCUGAUGAUUCUAGUGAAUUAACAGAAAAACCAACAGAUUUAUCAUCAACAGCUUCAGAGCAAGAAUCUGAAAGUGAGAAUGAGAGUCAUCCAUCAGAACCACAUUCUUUUGUGAACCAUUAUGCCAAUGUAAAUGAUACAUUACGUCAGUCUUGGCGAAGACAGAAGCCAGUUCGUAACUACUCCAGUUACACAGACUCUGAAGCAGAAGGAAGUGCAGUGAUGAGCCUCAAUGGUGGUCAGAUAAUUAUGAAUAACAUGGCUGGUUCAAGGGCACCUUUACCAGGGUUCUCAUCUUUUGUAUAGUCAGGCUACAGAAAUACUUAGUAAUAAAAGACAUAUGGUAAGUUUAUUUUUCAUGUGAUAUUUGAGAUAAUGAUCUCAUGGAGAUCUACUUAGUGAGACCUAAGGCACAAGGGAAAUGUGGAGAUCUGACUUAGUGAGACCUAAGGCACAAGGGAAAUGAAGAAAUAGAUCAUUUACUGCCAUACUUGAUUAAAAAAAGUGUCAAAUGGACACUGGUCCUCAAUGUCUGUGAUAUGUAUAGCAUUAUUUGUACAUAUAUGUAGUAUGUAGAAGUCAUCUUCAUUUAAUGCAUUAUCAAGCAAUCAAAUCACAGCUUUUAUCAUAAGGUUUUAGCCAAUAAGAUUCAUAUGUAUAGUAAUGAAAUUUUGCGAUCAUCAGAUUCACUAUUUUUUUCUUAAAUACAUUACCAUUUUUCUUCACCAUAAUUUGAAACAAUGUAUUCAGUCAUAAAUAUUUAAAUAAUGUCAUUAGUUAUGUUUUUUAUUUUGCCAGUAUUUUUCACUUUUAUAAUUGCAUUCUACCAUUUUAUUUAUUUCAUACUCAUAACUUUAUAUGGUAGUUUUAUACCAAAGUACUGACAUUACACUUAUUACCUCUGAUGAAGUCUGUAAUAUUAUGAUAGACUUUAUACAAUGAACUGCAAUAUUAUGGAGUAAAAUGUUUUCCUAGACAUUAGGAGGAAUUUUUCCACCACUUAUAAUUUGCACAAAUACAUAUAAUAACUGCCUUCCAUCACUUAGAAGACAAUUUUCUCUCUUUUAAAUAGGAAGCUUGACACACAAAAAACUGGACUUUGAAGUUGUUGUCUAAUAGUGUGUGUGUGUGUGUG